AUGGCACUGCUCGUGGUUUACUCACUCCUGUGCCUUUCCUGCUGGGCCUGCUUCUACUUUAUCGUGUGUUAUGUCAACGGCUCCCGGAGCUAUGAGUGGAACUGCCGCCUCGUCACCCUGGUACAUGGCAUCCUGGCAGUCUGCAUCACAGCAUAUAUAGGCUAUGUGGAUGGACCCUGGCCUUUCACCUAUCCAGGUACUAAGAACACCCCUCUGCAGAUAAGUGCCAUGGUGGUGAGCCUGGGCUACUUUAUCUUCGACAUGGCCUGGUGCGUGUACUUCCGCACAGAGGGACCCGUUAUGCUGGCCCACCACACCAUGAGCAUCCUGGGAAUCCUGCUGACCCUGUGGCUGGGGGAGUCUGGCAUCGAGUCGUGUGCGGUCCUCUUCGGCAGUGAAAUCACAAACCCACUCCUGCAGGCACGCUGGUUCCUCAAACAGACGGGACACUACCGGUCGCAGCUGGGGAACGCUGUGGACGUCCUGUUCGUGCUGCUCUUCGUGGUGAUGCGAAUCUUCGUGGGAGGCACAAUGCUGUACUGUGAGCUGAUCUCCCCGAGACCCAGAUUCUUCAUCAAGUGCGGGGGAGUGGCCAUGUACGCUCUCUCCUGGGUGUUCAUGGUGGACAUUGUUCGAUUCGCCAGAAGAAAAAGCAAGAGCUGGCACCAGCAGCCGAGAGAGCAGCCGGAGACGGUCGCAGCUAAUGGGCAUGAAGGGAAGAUGGACUGAUUCUACAUUUCUUUAUAUAGUAAAUUUCCCUUUACAUUUUGUUUUGGGAGCUGCAAGGGAAAGGACAAAGAUCGACUUUUUUUUAUGUUUGAUUGAGUUUGUUUUUUAAAGCGGGAUAUUUUUCAAUCCUAAUUUUCUAUGCUAGGAAAUACCCUGUGGGAUUUGUUGUGAUUGCUGCUGAACACGUGUUAGAUUUAUGAUGUAAACGGUAGCCUACUGGUGCGGGAACAACACAGAUGUAGUUUACGGUAUAGAAAACCAAAGCACUUUCUAUAAUCCCACGAGCAAAUGUUGCUUUCAGUUGGACUGAACUGUUGCCUUGUCGUAUGUGGUUGUGGGAAGUUCACUAUUAGUAAAGACAUAGUUUACAUGUACUAUCCAUGAUCCUUGUGAAAGAUUUAUAAAGCACAUAGAAAACAUAAGGAUUGGUUUCCUUGGAUUCUUGUGGGGUUUUCUUUUUAAACUUUGAGCAGAUGGGAAAGGUGUACUCAGGGAGAUGAAGUCAGACUGGAAGGCAAGAUAAGUGAAUUCCAGAGAAAUGUGUGUGAUGAGCUUCAUUACUUUGUUUAUCAUAAUGUAUAGUAAUGCCUGUAAGUUUUGCCUGCUGUCUGAACUCCUAUUCCAGAGCCUGCUCAAAAUAUUUCCACUUAUUUUACUUCACUUAUGUACGUGGAUUCAUGGAGAGACACCACUCUCUGAUACAGAGGUCUGCACUGGUAAUGCUAUUUAUUUUGCAUUCCAUUUGAAUCUAUGAAUUGGUGUCAUCAUUCUAAGUUUACACAGUGAAGUGUCUGAUUUCAGGUUUCACGCUGAAAGCACUGAAAGACCCUUAUUCAUAUUUAUUCAACAGAGUAACCUUGCAGUUUCACAGAGCACUUGACAGUUCAGUUGAAUUUAUUGUUAUCUGUACAUUGAGCUGAUCUUUUGUGCAUUUUCUGCUCCAGUUUUUUUUGAGCCAGCACCUGUGCAGUCACGCAAACAGAAGCAUCCUUUUCUUAACAUCGCCCGAAAUGGUGGAUUCAUAGAUUUAUUCUUAACACAAGAUGCACACACACACACACACACAAACAUACAACCAGGACUGGGCAAUAUCCAUCAUUGUUUGACUUUCAGUAAAGCCACAUUGAGAUGAUAUAAUGAUAUCAGGUUAUUGUUUAGCAAAAAACUAUUGUCCAAUUUAACAAUAACAAGCAUACUGCCGUACAAAUUAUUUCUGCACAAUUCAAUUACAUAUGUGAAGAGUUUUAUCCAAGUGAACAUUGGUUUGAGUAUUUAAUGUGUGAUUUGUAUAAAUUGUUUUCCGUAUUGUAGUAUUAACUAAUUGAAAAAUAUUAAAUUCAGUGUUUUAAAAUGGAGUUACACCAUAUUCAUCGGAUACAAUACACAAAUGCCUCAUUGUGUGAAGAUGGUACUUGUUGACUUGAGAUAAUAUCAUGACUAGAACCACUCUAAGACUGCAUUUGUUCCCUGCAAAGCUAAUUCUGUCAUCUCGGUGCCCAGACUUUGUACAUGUUUUCUUAUUAUUGUGACUGUAUCAUCUUUGU